AUGUUUAGCUCUCGCAACUUCUCCAGCACUGUUUCCCGUAUGGGUCACGGCCCCGACGGUCCCUACUCCAACCUUCCUUUCAAGGUCCACAACCGUAAGAUCCCCUUCGUUGUCAUCCACUGGACUUUCUUCAUUGUUGGUUUCUCUACUCCUUUUGCCAUCACCUACUACAACUUGAAGAAGGCCGGCAAUCUUUAA